GGAUUCGACCCUGACCUGAAAAGCGUUUCCGCGUACAUAAUGAAUGAUGAAUCUCUAGUUCCGGUUCCAGAAAUCCGCCCUCCCCUUCCCCUUCCCCUUUCCCUUUCCCUCUCUCCAUCGUGUCUCUAUCUCCGAUUUACAUUCGUUCGCGUCCUCAGUCGCUCUUUUGCAUUUUCCCGGGACCUCAUCUCAAACCUUACAUAGCCCUGCAAGCCACAAUUUGCAUCAGCAAAAGACAAAGACAACGUUGAAAAAUAGCCAACAUGUAUGCCCAAGCCGCCUUUCUGAUCACCGCCCUCGUCGCCGGGGUCGCCGCACAGGCCGAACCCACCCCAACGCAAGCUUACGAUCCGGACGCUUGCCAGUCUGCUUUCGAAAGUAUUCCCACCUUAUUCGAGGACGAGCUCGUUGUCCUCCCAGAGGACGACGACCUUCGCGAUCUCGCCACGUCCUACAUGCUCGGCGAGUUCUACAACACAGCCGACACUUGUGAGCUGCCCGCCGUCACCGACGUCGCCCUUGCCGGGCCGUUCUCCGAGUGGGCCUCGUCCUAUACCUCCUUCGUCGAGAGGCACUAUACUGUAUACCGGAGCAUUUGGGAGGGAUGCUGGGGUGAACCGAUGCUUGAACUCUCCUACCCUGUCGCGCACUACUGCAGCGACCUUGCCCUCGCCAUCACGGGCGGAGUGGGCGACUCGGAGCCCACCGCGGCCCCGUCCGAGAUCCCGUCCGAGACCCCGACGCCCGCACCGACCGGCACCGACUCGGAAGAUGAGGAGGAGGAUAAUAAUGGAGACGACGGGGAGGAUGCUGGCGAGAGCGACAACGGGAACGGUGAUGACGGUUCGGCUGCUAACCGCGGCACGGUCGCUAGCAUCCUUGCCACUGGUAUCGUCGCUUUGGCCUGCAUUGCUGCCGCCUACUAAGGGCAGGUGCACACAAUAUUCACCAGACUGUUGUGAAGAAAACGGGGCAAAGCCAACCUGGUGGACGGACGGCGACGUCCGUCUCCUCACUGCAAUUGUUGGCAAGUCUGUCAUAUAAGUAUAUAACCUAAUGGGAAGUAUGGGGCCCUUUGCUUGCUUUUUUAAGCAUGGCCGCACGAACCGUUGCAUCAAUUUCUCGCGUUGGGCUUGGGCCAGGCCCGUGAAGUGCCCGCAGGUAAGGGACAACACGUCGCACAGCCUGUCCUCUUCACAUACCCAGCCUCUAGCUAGGUCUUAUCUAUGACAUGUUUCUGGAUUGUACAA